UUGAAUAAUUAAAUUCAACGAAUAAAAUAUCAGAAUAAUUGCUUUUUGAUGUUUAAUUGAAAAAGUCAUUUCGGAAACUUUUCUGGCCAGUGUAAAACCAUACCGGUAACUAUGGCCAGAAUACUUCUUUUAAUUUCUUUGGCUCUUUUAAUAGGUAUAGCGCUUUCUGUGCCUUCGACUGAUGAAAAAACCUCAAGUAAAGAUAAAACAGACAAAGCCGCGAGCAAAGAAAAACAUAGCAAAGAUAAAAGCGGCGAGAAAAAUAGCAGUUCUGAAAGUCACGAAAAACAUGCAAGUCAUGAAAAGCACAAAAAACACAAGAAAGCCAAGAGCAAUGAAAAGGAUGAAAGUAAAACCAAAGAGGUGCAUGAUAGACAAGAAAACCACAAAAAGCACCAUGAAAAGCAAGAAAGCCAUGAAAAGCACGCGAGUCAUGAAAAGCACGAUAAACAUAAAAAACACGAUGAUAAACACAAGAAAGACAAACACUCAAAAUCCAGAAAGCACCAUAGAAAACAUAGCCGUAGACAGCAAAAAAAUGAUACUUCGAAUUUAAUAGUUGAUCACGAGGAUAUAGGCUGGGAAUAUGAAAAUCGUACUGCAGUGGAUACUAGAAGAAUUCUGUACAGCAAAAAUACUCCUAAAGGGAAGCGGCCGUACAUGGUAUACCUCCAACUUACGAAAGAAUCCGCGAAAGCCCACAAAUACCGCGGCUGGCUCUGCGGCGGCGUCAUCGUAGAACGAUACUACGUCCUCACCUCAGCAGCUUGCGUCGAGGAUGCGGAGCACUUUUACAUCGUCUCUGGCACCACCAAGUUUGUGGACAGCUUCGACUAUAAGAGCGACCAAUGUGUUUGCAAUAAUAGGAGGAAGGUCGUUUGGAAGUGUAUUCCUAAAAACUACAAGUUCGAUUUCCAAGACAGCAUCAAGUGGUCCUCAAACGACAUCGCCAUCGUGAAAGUGAACAAGCCCUUCAAGUUCGGAGUCGUCGAGAAGGGCUGCGACUUCGCCGCUGACAUGGUCUGCUACAACAAUAUCAGCCGCGAUCUUGAGAAGCCGGGAACUAAGGGCUGGAUUGCUGGCUGGGGCAGUGGCAGUAACUUUAGAGAGGGAGUUUACCGUCGUCAAAAAUCGGUGCACAUCCCAGAAAAUGCCAAGUGUCUCCAGGAAGCCAGGGUUUGCAUAAUGGAUAACGAGCAUUGCGCGAAGAAAUGGUCUCAACGGUUCAGGAGCAUCAUCGAACAAUACAUGAUUUGCACUAAGGACGUCAUGAAGAGACUUAGCGAAAUUUGUGACAAAAGGUACGCCAACUGCACAGAUGUGGAGGAAUCUAGAAGGACCGACAUAGAAGAGUCCAGAAGAGCCGAGGAAAUAGACUUAGGGCGGCACUUGCAGGACCCUGAUGACUAUACAGCGAGACGAUCGGCUAGUCAAGGAGGUUUUUGUGAGAACGAUCACGGCGGACCGUUGCUAGUCAAGUACCAGCAGAAAGAGCGAGUGAUCGGCGUUAUCUCGGCCUGCAAGAUCGACCCCAAGACCCACAGCUGUCACGGGCCCUUCCUGUACACGUCUGUGUUCAAGAACCGCCAGUUUAUCUCGUGCUCCAUCUACAAGGAUACCGAAGAGACCUGUAGACGGGUGUUCCGCACAGGCAUCACACAUGAAGAAUGGACAGUCGAUUGGGGUCGCGUUAAAGAAGACGACGAUGAUAGAAAGGACGAUGAUGACGAGUAAGUGAAAAAAACAUUUUUGAAACAAAUGAUUAUAAUCGCUGACUGUUUCUUGGUCUUGGUAAAACUACUUAUUAGCAGAAAAUACUAACAUAACCUUGUAAUUUAUUUCAGCAAUGAUAAUAGGGAUGACGAUGACAGGUAGAAGAAAUUAAUUCAAAUAACUUUUAAACUGAAAAUUAUUCAUGAUGCCUUUGAAAACUAAUUUCCUGUUUAUGUAUUUAUUUUUCAGUGACGACGAAUCAAGAGAGAGUUUAAGACAAUCGUGAGUACUUUAUAUUCUAACAGGUAUUCAAAAGAAAUAGAAAUCGGUAUCAUGAAUAAUAAAGAUACUUAAAGUAGGUACAUUAAUGACUGGCAUUUGGUUAUCUAAAUGCACUCAGGAUCGCAGAAUGAGAACAUAAUAAUAUAACGUCACUGUAUUAGCAAUGAGAUUGAAUGUAAUUAUUUAAUUUCUUAAAAAUGUGGCUUCAACUUAACCCUUUAUAAGGCAGAAGGGUGUUAGAAAUUAUGCAAAAUUUAACCACAUCACUUUGAAAUAAAGUUCAAAAUCAGGUGGGAAAUAUAUUCCCUCUGCCUUUUAACCUCUUGAGACUAAAUGUACAUAUUCGUGCAAUCUAAUUUGGACCUUCCAUGAACCAAGUAAAGUAGCAUUUCUUUUGUUUCACUGCUUUUAAAAACAAACAAAGAAUAAUGUUCAAAUAAAAAAAAAUUAAAACUUUAUAUGAUAGGUCUUACGAGAAAGGCUUUAUUUUUGAAAUUCUCAUUUGCAUUUCAGCAAAAACCCGUCCAAGCCAGCUGAAAAUAGCAGUGAGGAGACAAAAGAAUCCAAGCACAAUAAAAAGGACAAGUCAGCAGAGAAAUCCGCAAAUAAAACGGCCGAAAAGAAAGAUAGCUCCAGCUCGGAGGAAAAGAAAAGUAGAGAAACAAAAGAUAAAGAUGCAAAAGCAUUAAGAGAUAGAGAGUCUUCGGAUAGUUCAUCUAGUUCUGAAGAAAGGAAACUCAGGCGUUCCAACCAAGAUGUGUUCUAUGAGUCUAGCAGGGAUGAGAAUGUAAAUGAGCCACAUAGUGACGAGUAAUUAGAUAUUUUCUCGCAUUAAAAUUUGUAGCAAGCUA